UUCCAGAAACCGUUAUGGACAAUGAAGAGACGGUAACAAAAGAAAAUGAAUUCAAGGAAUGUCUAGAAUUGUGCCAGAGAGGUGUAAAGAUGUGUCGGAUCAAAGCGGGUCGCUUGAUGACAUCUCAAAAUGUCUACGUGGAAGAUCAGAAAUGGCUGUGCUAUCAUUCAAAUGUCUGUUGGAAGUUUGUGCCGUUGAAACUGAAGUCUAUAAAUAUUGAUAAUAUUCUGGAGGUGCGAAAAGGAUUCAGUUCUGAUAACCUUCACAAAGCUUCCAAGAAAUAUUCUUUUCGAGAAAAAGUUACGGCAGAAAUGUGUUUGUCUGUAAUCUUAACUCAUCGACGUAUGCUCCACAAAUCGGUUGAUUUUGCUGCUGAAAAUCUAUCUGUGAGAGAUAAAUUUGUGAAAGGUUUGCAAUAUCUUGUCGAUAAGAAAAAUCAGAAACGCGUGCAUUUUGAUGAAGAGCGCUGGCUUUUGGACAAUUUCCGAAAAGCUGAUAUAAACAAAGAUGGCAGCUUAAGUUUUGAUGAAAUAUUGAAGCUGCUGAAAACGCUGAAUCUGCAGAUCAGUAACAAAUAUGCACGUGCUUUGUACACGCAAGCAGAUUCUUUUGGCAAAAAUGAUGGGAAACUCGACGAAAAAGAAUUCCUUAAGUUCUUCUCCCAUCUAACAGACCGUCCGGAUCUGGAACAUGCAAUGAGGAUGUUCAGUGCGACCAGUGACCUAGCUUUUUCUGCUUUCGAUCUGAAAACAUUUUUAACAACCGAACAAGAGUUCGAUGAUAUUGAUGAAAAUAAGGCUGCAUCAAUUAUCGACAGUUUUGAAUCAGCAAAGCAAGGCGCAAAAAUACUUGGACCCAUAGGUUUUCGUUGGUUACUGCUCGGUAAAUGGGGCAACAUCAUGAAGCCUGGGCAUGAGGGAGUUUUCCAAGACAUGGAUCAUACAUUAAGUCAUUAUUAUGUCAGCUCAAGUCACAAUACCUAUCUCACUGGAUUGCAAAUAAAGGGUGAAGCAACCGUUGAAGGUUAUAUCAACGCGCUAAAAAAGGGUGUACGGCUUUUAGAAUUAGAUGUUUUUGAUGGCGAAGAAGGAGAGCCAUGUAUUACGCACAAACGUACUUUUAUCAGAACGAUUACGCUGAAAGAUGUAUUGAAAGAAAUUGAUGCGUAUGCUUUUAAAGCAAACCCUUAUCCAGUAAUACUGACUAUCGAGAAUCAUGUUGGCUUGCCGCAACAGAAGGCAAUGUCGCGCAUCUUUAAAGAAGUGUUAGGCGACAAAAUAUAUAUGCGCCCAAAAAAUGGAGCUUCUCAACCUUUACCUUCUCCAAAUGCUUUGAAGAAUAAAUAUCUGUUGCGCGGCAAAAAAUUGAGAUCAGAACAAGGUCCUGAUCGAAAAUUUGAUCAAGAUAGUGACGAAAUAAUCCAAGAUAGCAAGGAAAGUAAAGACACCAUCAAACUCGACCCAGAAUUUUCUGAACUGAUAUCGCUGCCAUCUGUUAAACUUUCGCGUAAUAUCUUCAAAGAUAUCGAUGAACAUCCAAUGGACGGUUCUUCUUCUUUAUCCGAAGGGAAGGUUGCAAAUUAUAUGGAAAGCGGUUAUUCGCUUGCCGCUUAUACAUCAAAAAGGUUUGUGAAAUCGUUCCCAAAAGGUAUGCGGCAGGAUUCAAGCAAUAUGGAUCCCAUCCCUUCAUGGCUUUGCGGUGUACAGUCGGUCGCAAUGAAUAUGCAGACUACUGGGGAAUAUCUCGAUUUAGUUAAUGGUCUCUUUCGAACUAAUGGUAAUUGUGGUUACGUGCUCAAAUCGAAGACACUUAUUGAUGGACUUGAUCCGCGUAUGCCUGAAGUAUCGAGUGCAGUUGUAACAACGAUGCUGGUUGGGGUCAUAAGUGGGCAAUAUUUACCCAUGAUAUCUCAAGCAAACGAUGUUGUCGAUCCAUAUGUGACCGUUGAGAUCUUUGGAAUUCCGGCCGAUUCCCGGAAAUUCCGAACAAAAACCAUCCGCAAUAAUGGCUUUAACCCACAGUUCAACGAAACUUUUACAUUUCCGCUUCAUUUCCCUGAUUUUGCACUGCUCCGUUUCUGUGUUAAAGACUUCGACUCAACUUCAGCAAACGAUUUUGUUGGUGAAUAUACAAUCCCGGUAAAAAGUAUUCGUGCAGGCUACUCACAUAUACGACUGAAUACGGGCAAUUUGCGUACAGUGGACGAAUGUGCGUCACUUUUUGUACGAAUCGCACUUGAAUGA